UGCGAGUGACUGGAGUGCGAUCCUGCAUUAUUUGGAAGACCGUCGGAGACUGGAGGGAAUCCCCUGGAAACACCCGGACUCGCACCCGACCUGCGGGACGACAACCACAAGGUCUGGCCACUAGAGGAGCCAUAUCCGCCUAGCACAUGUCACGACGAAAUCUAACCCACGACUAGUGUCCUUUCACAUAUAAAUAUGUAAUUUCUAUAUGGACUGAAGUAACUACAUUCGGAUGAGAAGGACUAUCGCAGAAGGCGGAAGAAGCUAAUCAGACGUGAAGGUUCACAUUCGUCCUUGUAGAUUACAUACAAUAAAACAAUACAUCAUAUCAUAUCAUCGACGGUGUACAGAUCAUUCAGAGUUGGGACAAAAGCGAAGUAAUUUUGCAUUAUUGAUGGUCAGUUCUAUUCUGGAUAUUGCAAUCGUGUCUGUAUAUUUUACAUCGUGUCACCUGAACGCUUCGAGGGAUUCAUUCAAGCAUUCGGAACAUGCGUGCUACCGCUGAAGUAUUAGCUUUUCUUCUUGGUUUCCUGAGUGUAAUCAUGGUCGGAGUUUCUUUGCAAAAUCCGUACUGGAGAGUAUCGAGCGAUGACGGGAACGUGAUCAGAACCUCCACUAUCUACGAGAACCUCUGGAUGUCCUGCGCAAGCGACUCCAGCGGCUCCUUCAACUGCCGCGACUUCCCCUCUCUCUUCGCGCUGACCGGGCACCUUCAAGCGUCCCGAGCGCUAAUGAUUGCGGCUAUAGCCAUGGGCGCGGUCGGCGUCUUUGCCACCCUGGUCGGAAUGAAGUGUUCCAAAGUCAUGGGAGAAAACUAUGCGCUGAAGGGAAGGAUCGCUGGAACUGGGGGCGCUUUUUUCCUGCUCCAAGGUCUAUGCACUAUGAUAUCUGUAUCUUGGUACGCGUUUAAUAUCACCCAAGAGUUUUUUGAUCCACUCUAUCCAGGGAUAAAGUACGAACUCGGAGAGGCGCUGUAUAUCGGUUGGGUUUCGGCUACGAUCGCCAUCUGUGCGGGGGUAUGUCUGCUGUGCUCCUGCAAGUCGGCGAAUUCAGAGAAACUGCCUUAUCACCAUAAGUCUGCAAGAGGUACAGUAUACUCAACGAGGCAAGGAAUCGAGGACGCUAGGCUACCGAACACGCCCAGUCAUUACGGCAGGAACGCCUACGUCUGAGCCAGUCUAGUUCCGCGUUAACUCCCCCAGAACUGUGCAUCUCAAACCUUCUCUCCCAUUGGUCCGGAGAGUCUACAAUAAAAUGUCUUGCAUCUCUGAGUAAUAGCUACUUUAAAUGGUAACUUUCAAGAUGGAGAUCACUUGCCACUGAGCAUAUUCUCACAAUGCUGUAAUAAGACACCAGCAGUGUAAGCUAACGCAGUGGGGUAGCUGUGAAAUAAUCAUAUUGAAUUGUUUAAAUUGCUGCUAUUAUAUAGCCUGCAAGUGUCACUGGAAAAGCAGUUAAGUCCUGUGCAUGUAACCAUAUAUUACCAGGGAAGUUCACCCUUAACUUAAAAUGAAGGCGUUAAAUGAACUAAAAUUUGACCUCGGGGACAAUUGAGACUCUUAUUCUCCUGUUCUGUUGCAUCACCAUGGAAAUUUUUAUUCAGUAAUUUGUCUCUAUGCUGACUUUUUAAUGGGCGACGCUGUGAACACUUGUGUUAAGACAAGAAUAACAUUGUUAUAUAUAAUAGUUUCGGCAGAGCAAAGAAACACCUUAUAAUUAACGAAACUAUUUGAAACAAUCAAUGCAAUUUAAUCUAAUCAGACUUUAUCGCACUCACCUGUUGUGCCGUAGGAAUAAUGUUUGCUCCGACCUUAAUGUUGAAACCUACUGCUUUUAAUGUUUUAAUGCCGUUUAACUGAAAGAAAAAAAACGUUAAGGAAAUGCGUCUGUGGGUCGAAACUCAAGACGCGCCGGACCGAAAACAACGUAAAGUGAAUUACCGUGAAUCGAAGGAUUUUCUGCGUUGAGUAGAUUAAAACAGAAAUAAUGCAUGUGUUCUUUGUAACGUUAAAUUUUUUUUAAGCGCAAACUAUGUGUCAUAAAUAAAAACACUAGUACAUGAA